AUGCCCCCGCCUCUGGCUGCCGAAGUAUGCGCGAUAGACGAUGAAACAUUGGCACGAAACCUUUUAGAAUUUUACGACUACGAUUUGGAGGUGGCCAUUCACAACUUUGUCAGUACCAGGGAGGAAGCAGGUUCUUCAGGAGUGUCGAAUGAUGAUAGCCAUCAAGACGCCACGGCGUCGACGUCAUCUUCAGCCAGUCCUUCACCGUAA